GUUGAGGCAAUGUUUGGGAACUGGCAAUUCGGGAUGAAACAUAUAGUUCAGUGGGUCGGUCCAGUAUUAGAUGCAGAUUCUAAUUACAAAGGUAGGAUUAAGUUAUUGCUCCCUAGCGCAUCACCCCUACUGCAGUCAGUGACACCUUUGGACAGUGGAAACUACUCCAUUAGAAUGGAAUCAUAUGUGGGUUUUUCAACUACAGCACAGUUCACUCUACAGAUACUCGCUGAGCCCAGGGAUUUUACUCUCCUAAUAGAAAACAAAUGGAUUAAUGUGACCGUCGGAGGAAAUGCUCUAUUCUCAGUGAAUCCUUCAGCCCGGGUGAAGAGCGGGAGCUGGAAUUUCACAGGAAAGAUGAUCGCCUGGUGGAUCGCUACAACUGUUGAUAGAAAUGAUGACUACAGAUGGCGGGCCAACAUAGUCCUCCCUAACGGAUCACUCCUGCUGCAGUCAGUGGCAGUUUCGGACAGUGGAGACUACACUGUUAGCCUGACUCCAGAUGUGGGCGGAGAAACAACAGCAACCAUCACUCUGCAUGUCCUUGAAAUAACUAACAAAGAAAACAUCUCCUCUGUCGGAAUUAUAAUAGGCAUAGUGAUCAUAAUUUUUGCUGUAAUCAUUGGGAUAACUAUAUGGGGUAUCAGGAAGAAAAUAAGCAGGGCAAAAGGUGGAUCACAACAAAAUAAUAUAAGAGUGGCUUCACCAGGAAACGGCCUAGAUGUGUCUGCAGUCCCCAUCACUCAUAAAUCUGCUCUCUGACGUGGCCUCGCGAGCCAACUAGGGACUGGCAAAAGAUGCCGGCCUAGCCAGCCAGCCACGCCCACAUUCCGGAAAUGAAGUUAACCGGCACGCUAAGCUUAUGGAAGUCAAAGUAACUGAAUCUCAGACAGAACAUAUCAUGGGAAAUUAACCGCCUAUUUCGAAAUUCUCUCCAAAAACCUUUUGGACAACCCAUGGGGCCAGGUCCGCCGGACCGUCGUACGAAAACGUUCAGAGCACAGAUAACGCUGAGAAAGCAGUUGGGAAGUCUCCGGAUCGAGACUCAUAUACGCAAUUAAAGCUGGAAGAUCAAUCGAUGUACUACAGACUGAGAAAAUGGGGUGACGGAACAAAAGAAAGCACAAGUCAUCAAGCACCGCGUGAAAAUUAUGUGAACUCUUUCAGAAUAAGAUGGCAGCUCAAUAGAUAGCUGAAACGAGGAGAUGUUGUUACUUCAUUUUUGAAGACUUCAAUGCAAACCCUCAAUGAGUUGGAGGUGAAGCGCCUGCAAAUUAAUGGCAACAAGUAGAUAGGAC